AUGGUCAAAUCUGAAAAUUAUCCUCUAUUAGGAGGCGACUCGCUUCGAUGCACAAACAAGUCACCUGCAAGCAUCGCGAAACGACUCUCUAUCAUUUUGAACAUCAUCACCAUAAUCACUAUAGCAUAUCUCUACUUUUACCACAAUACAAACACAGAUUCAGACAAGCAUAGUGGCAGCCACAAACAUGGACAUGGCAAGUUUCAUCAUCAUCAUCAUCAUCAUCCUCGCUCUAAGAAAAAUGUUAUUAUGAUGGUUACUGAUGGUAUGGGCCCUGCCAGUGUCUCGGCUGCUCGCUCAUUCCGUCAAUUUAGAGACAAAUUGCCCAUCAACGACGUAUUAACAAUUGACCAAUACUUUAUUGGAACUUCAAGGACGCGGUCAUCGAGCUCGUUGGUGACAGAUUCUGCUGCUGGUGCCACCGCUUUUUCAUGUGCUUUGAAAUCGUAUAAUGGAGCAAUUGGUGUAGACCCCAAGAAAAACCCAUGCGGCACCAUACUCGAAGCAUUGAAGUUGCAAGGUUACAUGACUGGGUUGGUGGUGACAACGCGGAUUACCGAUGCAACACCAGCUGCUUUUUCAUCGCAUGCAGAUUACCGAUUCCAAGAAGAUUUGAUUGCUCAACACCAAAUUGGGGAAUAUCCAUUGGGCAGAGUUGUUGACUUGAUUUUGGGUGGCGGAAGAUGCCAUUUCUUGCCUACUAGCGUUCCAGGUGGAUGCAGAGCUGACGCAAGAAACUUGAUUGAUGAGACUCGCAAACUGGGUUGGUCUUAUGUUGGCAACAGAAGUGAGUUUGACGCAUUGCAAGGUGGUAAGAAUGUAACCUUGCCAUUGUUGGGAUUACUUGCUGAUACAGACAUACCAUAUGAUAUUGAUAGGGAUCCUAAAGAAUACCCAUCUUUGGCAGAAGAGGUUGAAGUUGCAUUAAUUGCAUUAUCAGAAGCUACAAAGGACUCAGACCAAGGGUUUUUCUUAUUGAUUGAAGGUUCGAGAAUUGACCAUGCUGGACAUCAUAAUGACCCUGCAGCACAGGUGAGGGAGGUAUUGGCAUACGACAAGGCAUUUGCCAAGGUUAUUGAGUUUAUUAAUACUUCAGAUGUCGAAACAGUGGCAAUUUCAACUAGUGACCAUGAGACUGGCGGAAUGGUGACUGCAAGACAAGUCACUGAGAAUUAUCCUGACUACUUAUGGUACCCCGAAGUGUUACUAAACAGCUCUCACUCGGGAGAGUACUUGGCCCAGAAAAUUUACGAAAAGCGUAAUCAAAAAAGCCACGAAUUGAAAAAGUUUAUUAGAGAGGAGAUUUUGAAAUCAGAUAUGGGAGUAGAAGCGGACUCUGCGCAUGACGACAUCAUUGAUGAGAUUGUCUCCAAGGCAUCCAACCCCAAUGAACUACUCUAUGUGUUGAACAAUAUCAUUUCGUUCCAGGCACAAAUUGGAUGGACGACACAUGGACAUUCUGCUGUUGAUGUCAAUAUUUAUGCACAUACAAACUCUGAGCAAAUCUUGCACAGGUUGAAGUCACACAAGCAUGGUCUCUUUGGAAACCAUGAAAACAUUGAGAUUGGGGCGUUUAUGGAGUCAUUGACCGGUUCUGAUUUGAAGAAUGUGACAAAGUUGAUAAAGGAUACCACACAUGCUCCAGGUAAAUCUGAUGUGUUUAUCGAUGAAUAUCAUGGGCAUAUCGUGCCACAGUAA